UCAUUCUUGCACUUUGCAUACAAAGAACACACUUCUUCUUCCCCUCUUUGUUUCUACAAAAUGUCUCUUCUCACAUGGCUUAAGGAAGAAAGACUUACUACACCAUUUUUCUUCAUCUCCACACUAAUUUUCCUCAUUCUAUUAACAAAGUUCCUCUUCACAAACAAUUCAAGAAACAAGAAAAAAAGAAAAUCCAAAAACAAUAUAAAAAAUCUUCCUCCAAGUCCACCAAAACUUCCCAUAAUUGGAAACCUCCACCAACUAGGCAAAAACCCCCACAUUUCUCUUCAAACACUUUCACAAAAAUAUGGGCCAAUAAUUCACCUUCAACUAGGUGAAGUCCCAACAGUGGUUGUUUCAUCAUCUAAGGUUGCAAAAGAAGUGCUUAGAACACAUGAUCUUGCACUUGCAAGCCGUCCACAACUAUAUUCAGCUAAGUACCUUUUCUACAAUUGCACUAAUGUUGUGUUCUCUCCCUAUGGUGCUUAUUGGAGGCAUAUUAGAAAGAUUUGCAUACUUGAGAUUCUAAGUUCCAAAAGGGUACAAUCAUAUAGUUCUGCUAGGGAACAAGAAGUUGCUCGUUUAGUUCAAAGGGUUGCAGAGACUUAUCCAAGAGCUUGUAAUCUUUCUAGGAUGCUUGGACUGUACGCAAACGAUAUUCUCUGUCGCGUCGCAUUUGGAAGAGAUUUUUCGGUAGAAGGAGAGUACCAAAGACAUGGAUUCCAGAAGAUGCUUGAUGAGUACCAAGAACUACUUGGAGGGUUCAGUGUUGGUGACUUCUUUCCUUCAUUGGAGUUCAUACAUGGCUUAACAGGUGCGAAAUCGAGGCUUAAAGAAACUUCUAGAAGAUUUGAUCAGCUCUUUGAUCAGAUAUUGGAUGAACAUAAAGGAUGUAAUAAUAAUAAGGUGGAUGAAGAAAAGGACCUUGUUGAUGUUUUGCUUGAAGUUCAGAAGAAUGGCUCACAUGAAAUGCCUCUCACCACUGAUAAUAUCAAAGCAAUUAUUUUGGACAUGUUUGCUGCAGGAACUGAUACAACAUUCAUUACCCUUGAUUGGGGAAUGACAGAACUUGUAAUGAACCCACAAAUUAUGAAAAGGGCACAAAAAGAAAUAAGAGACAUCAUGGGAGAAAGAAAAGUUAUCCUAGAGAGUGAUCUUCACCAAUUUCACUACAUGAAAGCCAUAAUCAAAGAAGUGUUCCGGCUACACCCUCCGGUGCCGGUUUUAGUCCCGAGAGAAUCCAUGGAAGACAUAGUCCUAGAAGGAUUCGAGAUCCCGGCAAGAACAAGAUUCUUUGUCAAUGCUUGGGCUAUAGGAAGGGAUCCUGAGAGUUGGGAAGAUCCUAAUGAGUUUAAACCAGAGAGGUUCUUAGGGAGUGAUGUUGAUUAUAAAGGGAAUGAUUUUGAGUUGAUUCCAUUUGGAGCAGGGAGACGAGGGUGUCCGGCGAUUGCGUUCGCGGCCGCAGUUAUUGAACUUGGUCUGGCUCGGCUGCUACAUAGUUUUGAUUGGGAGCUUCCUCAUGGUGUUAAAGCUCAAGAUUUGGACCUCACGGAUGUCUUUGGAAUUUCCAUGCAUAGGAGAGAAAAUCUUCAUGUUGUUGCUAAGCCAUAUUUUCCAUAACACUUAAGAGUUUAAUUAGUAUGUUAAUUAGUAAUUAGUUAGUGUUAAGGAGUUCUUAAGGUGAUUUGUAAGUCAAUGACUCCCUAGUCAGGUAGCAAAGUCAAUUAGAAAAGAAGUGUUACUAUGUAAGAACUAAAAAGCUUAAUGGGAUUAGUAUGAUAUGUAAGAAGAAUUUAAAUUGGAAUAACUGAUUCGUAUA